GUCGUGACAAUAAAAGAAUAUGACUUGUCCUCCUCCAGAAAAUCUUAUGAAUGCAAACACGCGUUGCAACUUCUUAUCUGGUGCGCGUCUUUUAUUUUGACAGCGAAUGCGCACCUGCGGACCACUUGUGUGCAGCCCUGAUAAUAAUCCUGUAUCUCAUAGCAGCCCUUCACUUCAUCCUCUGCCUGAAACAAGCAGACUUGACUCCUGCACACAAUCCACACUGUCUAUGUGUGUAUAUACUCUCAAAAAACGCAGAAUAGGUCCACAAAUAUGUUAAUGUGCAAAGUUUAAACAUGCAUCAUGUACUCAUGUAAUGCUUCAGUGCUGACUUAAUGAGACACGACUCUACACUCUGUGUUGUGCUUUUUACACUUUUUAAAAGUUUGUUUUUAAAGCACUGCACAGGUGAAUUUUCUUGUUUCUUCCGACUCUUCCAUCUUUCAUAUUAACUUCUUCACAGUUUGAUUAUUUAUUAUAAACUGUGGUGCCUUUAAAAAUAAACCUGGCAGUGCUACACAGACUCAUGGUGUCUUAUUUACCUCCCAAAAUCCAAGCGCGAUAAAAUGGACGCCGGGCUCAAGCGAAGCCGGAAGUGCGAGGGGGAUUACUAGCUUGCGCAGAUCCUUCCUCUCAGGAACGCGCACAGCUGCCUGCCUGUCUCACCUGUGAUGGAUUUAGAAGAAGCUUUUAAAGCACCUUGAGCCAACUGCUGUGAUUUGGAGUUUGUAAAUUAAAUUGAAUUGGAAAAAACUACAGCUGUCAGCAGAUCAAAAUUUCUUUAUGUAUUCUUUUUAUUUCUCAGGGACCGUGCACAGAAACAUAGAUCUUGUGAGCGAACAGGCAUCUUUUCUCGGUCUGCAGUCCUGGGAAGUUAAAAUGGCGCAUACAUGCAAAUCCUAAAAUUCUCAAUGUUUUUGUAACUAAUUUGUCUCAAAUGUAUUGAGUCUUUAAGUUUGCAUCAUUAGGGGCGUGGCCUCUUUGACUGACAGGUGGCUGUAGCUGCUAGCUGUGUGCUCGGCUUCACCUCGGCUCAGCAGAGUCCAUGAACUGGACCUGUCACACAAAAAUGUAUUUUGAACGAGCUCACAUGUUACUGAGCACGGCUGAUUUAGAUUUGGAAGGAAGGAACAGGAAGUUAAAGUCAGUUGUGUUAAACUGGCACAAUUUUUAAGAGAGUUUGAGUUAUUUUAUUUUAUUUUUCAGUGAUUCUCUAGAAAUCUGUCAGAAAUUGAAAUUUCAUCUUUGAUUGCACAUCUGUUAGCGACUGACCACAGUUUCAUCUGAAAAUCAUGAGAUCAUUAGUCUUUGAUCUUUAUCUGCAUGAAUUUGGCUGCAGACUCAGUCCUCGGUGCCACAACAGGCCAGAAAUCCUUCAUUAAACUUUCAUUGGUCUCCUGUUCAUUGUGUAUCUGCCUCAGUGCUGCUUGUCAUACAGUACUGUUUUUAAAAAUAAGAUAUAAAAGGGUUAUAAGCUCAGGCAGACCAAGUGACUCAUUGUGUGAAUGUUUGCCAAAGAAUCUGCUCGCUGUGAGUUGUGUCGAGUCAGAUGAGUUCUUCAGUUUCUUCUGAGGCUUAUUCGACGCUUCUGGACUGAGACGUGUAGUUCACGUGGUGUGCAGAGACAUGACCAAAAGUUAAAAUCCUUUAAAAUCCCUAACCCUGGCGAUGGCGGCCAACUCGUCCGGCGUGCUCUUCUUCCUGCUGUCUGUCUCUCUUCCAGAGUCUCCUCGUUGGCUGUACUCCCAGGGCCGGGCGGAGCGAGCUGAGGAGGUCCUGCGUUUUAUGGCGAGCAGGAACAGCAACGCCAUGAAUUACCUGAUGCUGCAGCGCGUCGGCGUCUCUAAAGCCGGUAACCACAGAAGCCGAGGCGCCGGUGUUGUGGGAAUCCAUCCUACCUGACAAACCAUCCUACCCGUUGUUUCUACGCAUGCGCACAACACGAAAUUAAGUGGCGAACCGUCCUGGCUUUAUGAAUAUGAGCUACAAGCAUACUCUGAUGGGCAAAGUUAAGUGGCAAACUGUCAUACCUACUUAAAUUUGUGCUGGAAUUACUCUGUGACAGCAGAUAUGUGCAUAAAUAUGGAGUUAAAUGUAGGAUUAUUGAAACAUUUGGUCAGAUUUGCAUUUAAAAUGUGUCAUUUUAAAUGCACAUCAAAAAGAAACGGGAGAAAUGUUUAAAACUAAUCAGAGAUGCGUCUGGAUGCAGGGACUGGGUUCCUGCGGCUGUUAAAUUUAGGGGUCAUUUCCUUCUCUCUUUGUCCGCACUGAUGCAAACGUAUACUGACAUGUGAGCUUCUUCAGCAGCUGAUGGUGUCUAAAUGAUGUCAAGUCUGUGUGUUAUUGUCAGUUUAAAAGCACAGAUGCAACACAGAACAACUCGUUCCAUUAUCUAAUGUGUAGAAUGAAAAGUGAGCAAUCACACCGUGAGCCACAGACAGCCUUCAAAAUAAAGGUUGACACCUGUGGUUGGCGCUGAUUUAAAACAAAACAAAUCUUUCUAUAAUUUUCCUGCAACUGAUAGUGAAUAAAUCACUGGAGUGUCGAGUCCUGUGACUCGUGUAUGCAUGUGACGAUACUUCUUCAUCUAAUGACUCAUUUGAUAAAGACUCAGUUGGGUAAGCAUUAAAGAAAACUGUUGUGUGUUUCUUUAACACAGACUUCACUGAUAAAGAGAGAGAGUAUUUGUAAUUGACAGUAAGUAAAUUCCAUAAUUAGCAGUUUCAUUGUCCGUGUGCUCCUGAUCCCGAGGAUGUGCUCACACCUUUGGGAUCAAAUACGUCUCCUCACUGAGGUGAAGCUAAAGUUCCUUCAUGCUCAGUGCUGACUGUAACUACAGCGGUCCA